GUCGUCUGCUCAGAUUGUGCAGCACAAUUGUGUGUAAACAAGUCUAAAUUACUAUUACACUUUUUACAUAGGAACAAGUUUGAUUUCAUGUACAUUUUGGCUAUAAUAAAUUGUGUGAAUUGUUGAUUCGAUCGCUCAUGGAUAAAAUGUCCAACAGUUUUGCUCCGGUCUGGCAGACGUCAAGCUCACAACGUGCAGACGACGGCAAUGUGAUCCUUGAAGGUCGACUCAGGGCCAGCGGAGACCUCAAGAUCACCCUGGACUUCCCGUUGGUCAAAGAGACGAACGUCAGUUCCAUGUUGACCUCACCUGAUCAGCUAACAAAGUCACGUGACACUGAAGCUCUUGCUGUGCGAGUGUCUGCCUCUACAUCCACUGAGUCCUCCAAGGAGAAGAAGACUGGAGAUGGUGAGGACAUCACGACCCUGGACAAAAUCAUCCUGGCCUGUGACCAUUUCAGCGAGCUGUCCACUUUCCAUGGCAUGAGACUUUUAUGUUCACGAGGGCCCAACCCCGUCAGAAGAUUUAUCUGGUCACUUUUGAUUGUGGGUUGCCUGGUUGCCUUAGCACUCCAAGUACGACAGCAAGUUCUCUACUUUUUCAGCAAUCCAAAGACGAUCAACGAAGAGACCAAAUUUGUGGACUCUGUUGAGUUCCCCACAGUGACUAUUUGUAACGAGAAUGCUUUUAGGAUUUCGGCCGCCUACAACUUGAAACUCUACGACAUCCUGAACAAUAUGUUCAACUCCACUUUAACUCUCGACAUUGUGGCCGAGGCUGGUUUAGUUAACCUUACGCUGGAUGAGCUCAACUACUUAGGCGGGAAUGAUAUUCAUAACAUGAUUUUAAAAUGUAAGUGGAACGCCGCUGAAGCCUGUGGCCCAGAAAAUUUUACCAGGAUGAUUACUGACCAAGGCCUGUGCUAUUCCUUUAAUGGGCCUACCUCCCCCCGCAACCUGACAGUGGAGACUCCAGGUGCAUCGCGAGGUCUUCAACUCACCCUGAACAUCGAGGAAUACGAGCGAAUGAUGGGCUCCCAUGUGGCGUCUGGUAUCCACAUCUUAAUCCACAACAAACGGGAGUAUCCACUGGUGGAGCAGUUGGGUCAAGCCAUUGCCGCCGGAAGUCAUACUUUUGUGGCCCUCAAGUUGAAAAAGGAGACACGUCUGGGCUACCCCUACGACAACUGCCAGGAUGGCCUCUUGCUUCACGUGCCCAACCACACCUACACCUACACCAUGCCUGCGUGUAAGAUUGAAUGCUACGUGGAGUUCACCUUGAAGAAAUGUGGCUGCCGGGACUACUACAUGCCUGGAAACUCUCCAGUGUGCACCUUUAAAGAAUAUGUCUCCUGCCUUAGGACUGUGCAAAAAACCUACGAUGCCUUGGAAGAUAAAAUCUGUGAUUGCUACACCCCGUGUGCGUCAGAGAACGUGGAAGUCUCGUAUUCCUAUGGCGCCCUGUCCAAACUAGCCACCAGCAAAAUUAAAAAAGACGACUUAGAUAAAAUACUUGGCCGCUUCAAACGAGCUCUUGAUGUAACUGAAUACAUCAGCUCCGAAAAGAUUUACAAGAAAAUAUUGUAUCAAAAUUUUACAGACUUUUCCAGUCGAGUGACAACAUUGUACGACGAACAGCUGUCAACUUUGAGUCGACUUCAACAGAAACUCCUAGAGGUCAGUGAUAAGGCCAACCAGAUCUACCAUAUCAGACUUGAUUUACUCUGGGCACAGGUCAACCUGGUCAGGAAAUAUUUCAUUGAGCCGAGGCGAACUAUGGACGCCAUAACUAUAGGUAAAGUGAUUAAUGAUGUACAUCUGUUCUCACAACAAAUGCUUCACUAUGUGGAAAUGUUGGAUGUGGAGGCUAACAAUACCACACGAAGUCUAGUCUAUAACACAGUCAUGGGUGAAUUGAAGGCCAGAUCUCAACUCAUCAACAUGAGUCUCACAAAUUUUGAUGACAUGAAGUUAGCAUACAUCUCUGGCGUACCUGUCAUAAAUGACAGUGUCAUCAUGUCGUUUGGAAUUGACACUGACACCGAGAUAGCCUGGAGUCUCAUUCCCAAGAAACUUCUACACACUGCAAUGAAUCGAUCCUUGGAGAUGAGUCGGAUGGAGCAACUGGUCAUUGAUUCUGUUGAACAACUUCAAGACAUAUUUACAGACAUGAUGGACGUCAUUACACUGACCUAUGAAACCAGAAGUCCAGUACUUGAAAGUAUUAAAGACACUUUGGUAAAGUUCAAAUCUCUUUGCGAGAAUUACUUCGUGGCAAGUCAAGUUUUAUUCGCAGAGACUGUCGAGUGGCCCCUGGUGGAACUGAACUCACAGAAAGAGAAUCUGCAGAGCGCUAAGCAUGCGUGUGACAAACUUUUUAAAGUGACCAGCGAGACUCUGUCCGGAGUUAUCGAUCUUGUGACUGAGACGAACAACGUGUCUGUCCACUUUUACUCGAGGCUCGGCGCAAACAUUUCCAGCUAUCUCGCGUCUGUGAAUACUACCUCCAAGUUUGUCCUGGCGGAUCUAAUGCUGGGGAGAGAGAGCGAAGCAGCCAGUGAUCAACUCCAACUCUUCAACAACGAACUGGUCGACUACCUCUUCGAGCUCAACUCUGGCCUCAAUGGAAUAUCGUCCUGCUUGGCGGAGAACGCCCGGGCUGUUAGCGAAGACGGAAGUAUCCAUAGAGCCUUUGAAAAGAAAAGCCAGGAACAUGGGGUAUCGCUGGAGAAUAUUACUCAGCUAGUUAGUAUCGAUAUUGUCAAACUUUGCGACGUGGUUACGAAUGUGAGAGAAAUGAAAGGUGCCAACGAUCAGCUGCUGAAAUUAGUCAGUUGUUUAAGGGACGAUUUAACAGAAUUUAAAAGUCAAUUAAACAUGGACUUGUCUUUUUACAGCAAAAAUCUGAUUUUUCUGGACAUUUUUUUCCCGGCCAUAAGUUACACUGUGACAGAACAACAAGUGGCCUACGAUAUGGUGAAAUUACUGAGUGACAUAGGCGGCUCCAUGGGGCUCUUGGUUGGGGCCAGCGCCAUAUCGCUGUUCGAGUUCGUUGACUUCUUUUGCCUUCUGACUUUCGCCCUUUGCUGGAAGAGGCGGCCUGCAGGAUCUGGGGUCAAAGUUUACGGGGAAAAAGAAAGUUUUGAUUGAUUUCUCAGCACGUUUCACUAGAAACGAAGGAAGACUGCCAAGAACACAAGAGAGCGUCCGGACGUAUGGACAUAAAGAUUUGUGUAUCCUUUAAAAUCUGGGGAUCAAAACAUUCCAUCAACUAAGAUCUCUCGAGAAAUGUUCCGUAAUAUCAAUUACUUGCUGGACACAAAAAAAAAAGCAGAAAUCUUGAGUCUGUUAUGCGGCCAGCUACCGGAAUGAUAGUCCUAUGUCAAUCUUAUCUUAUCUAAUACAGACGUUACUUCAAAAAAGAAGAUGAUUACGUCCUACGCGUCAUGCAUUUAGUCAUGCAAUCUCACCAUAAUACAGUAGUUCUCACGAUCCAGUAGCUGUUAAUUGUAAUAACCAUAGAUAUAUAGUUCUAUAAUCUAUAUAUUAUAAUGACGAAAUAUUGUGUACUGAUUCGCACCAACAGAAAGCUACUUGAAAGAUUUUGUUUCUGCUGUUGAUAGCACACACUGAAUGUUGUACUAGAUCCACUCUCGUCACGCCUACAUCCUCAGCUGUGCUGCUUUCAUUAGUUGCGGUCCUUGUUAUCUAUGUAAAGCCGUGCUGUGUACCAGCAGGCUCGUGGUUACAAUUAGGUGCCUUUGAUUUGGUUGUGAUUGUUUUUUUCUGUAAAUUAUUGAUAUAUAAUAUUGUUAAUCCUUAAAGCUAUUUAUAAUCUUGUCACGUGAUAUAUCUUUUGUUGUUAAUAUUGUAGACGAAGCCUGUUGAAUAUCAAACAAUAGAUUCAAUCCUAGUCUAACGAAUAAUGUAUUUAACUCUUUCUCUCCGAAUAGACGAUACCAUCGUUGAUUUGACCUCAUUAAAUUAAAGUAAUGUCUAAUUGUAUAAACUUGACUUUGUGCUAUAUAAAAAGAUCAUGCAUUCCCCUUUAACUCUAUACCAAAUACAACAUUUUCUGAUAACAAACAACAAAGUUAUUGAGCAAACUGAAGAAUUCCGUCAGAAUGUGGACCAAUAAUUACGUAGAGAAUGAGUUAACGUGGUCAGUGACUCUACAGACUGGUAUCAAAGUAUAGGAGGAGUCUUCUUCCCCUUAAUAAGACUUUUAGGUGGGAACGAAAUCAAAUUUUCAUCUGAUAUUCAUAUUUAUAGGUAUUCUUUAUUUCGGAGUUGUGAUUUGAUGUUGAACUUAUGUCCCUCAGGACUCCCACACUUGCAACACAGUUAACCCUCACAUCAUCCUAUCACCUAGAUGUCAAUAGAGAAAUAAACUGUGUAAUAUCCAUUAGAGCUUUGACGUUUAAAUUGUGUUUAUAGUUUUUCAUGUACUACGUAUAGUGUUACUGUAUCAUACAAGUAUUUGCUAAAGUUAGUUUUCUGUUCUGUAUAUUAUGGAAUCCUUUAAAAUUUAGCUGACAUGUGAUAGAAUAAUAAUUGUUGUAUAUGCCUGACCAUUAA